UACUAAUGAUGCUAUUGACAUCGAACUACUGCGAGCUUACCUAUUUAGAAAUCGUCUGCAGCAGCUGCAGUUAGCUGUGAUUCCUGCUCAUUCCCGUCGAAUCGAUCUUUGUGCUCACCGUGGCUUACACCCCACCAAUCCCCGUUGUGCCGUAUACCUGAAUGCAUAAGGUGCAGGAGAGACAGGGGAGCCGUUGCCCGAGCACACGAACAGCGUCCUGAUAGGUAGUCCUGCGUUGCCCUGACCAGGAGCCUCCUGAAUGAAUUUCACACACUGUCCUUGGGAAUAUUUAAACAGCGUCUAUACCGCCCUGGCUGCCUGGUUGACAGGCUCCCAUCCUAAACUCCUCGCCUCAUUUUCACAUUUCUAACAUCAUCGACAGGCAAAAACCUUGUUUUGAUUUAAUCUUCAUCUAAAUUUGCCACAAGGCGACCCUUUUCUCAGACAACCAGGGCUAAGCUUGAAGCAUCAUCGACCACAGCUUCAGCCCCAAACCCAUGCUACAAUAGUCACAUCAUCUAAGUAUAAAGAACUCUUGCAUCUCGUUGUCAUUCAACAUGGCCCAGCGCCCUGAUAUGCGACGGAGCGGGUCUUAUGGCUCGGACACGUCGUCGGUCUAUUCGGGGCGCUCGGGCUCUGUCGGUUCGGCCGAUUCCCUCUAUUCCGUCUGGUCUUCAUCGGACUCAGAUUCCUUCGUCUGGAGAGAAGAUGAUUCGGGCUUUUACGGUAUUGGAGGCGCCGUGACCCGUUACGUGGAUGAGCGCGAUGACAGGCGCAAACGAUUCGCCUCUCAUAUUUUGAGCGGGCCGUUCGCUCAGUUUUAUAAGAAACAGCGCCACUCCAGCUCCAACUCUCGCCCAGGCCGCAGCCCUCGUUCUAACCCACGCUCAAGCAACGUGGGUGCUAGCUCAGGCAGAGGCCACAACCAGCAUUUUCAGCCGAGGCCUGUUAGCGUUGAACCUCAGUUCCAUCAAGAACACUUCCAGCCACCACCGCCGCCAUUCCACCCUUACGGCUUCAACGGACCACCACCUCCACCGCCUCCCCCGCCGGCUCCUGCGCACGCGGGGUUUGAAGGCGGCUUUAUCCAACUCGGCGGUCCUCCCCCGCCACCGCAACACCCGGAUGAUCCCUGGGACAAUGAAGGAGCAUAUGAUACCGGAGUGCACGUUUAUGACUAAUGAUACCACGGAGUAGGAUGUGGCUAUUUGAUGGCUUAUUGAUGGAUUACGAUUGACUUGAUCUCUACGAAUUUACGGAACGGACUGUUUCUAUUCGUUGGAUAUUGUUUCGGCGUUACGGUGGGACUCUUUUGAGGAUCACAGCACUUGUUAACAUGACAAUUACAGUAUGUGACGAAUCGCAGAGAAAGGGAAAAUGGGUUACGAAGGCAAAGCCGUUCUUUGCGAGAUACCCAUCUGCGAAAGGGCGAAAGGAGUAAUGACCCAUUCGAUUUUUAAGACACGACGGAUCCUAGCACAAACAACUCUUGGCCUUCCAUGCCGAUAGUUGGGUCUCCUUAUGUCUAAGAACUUUGAGU